AUGACUCACGCGCCUGUGUACGUGUCCGCGCGCACUCAGCCAGAUCUCACUCAAUACGUAAUCAGACGCAAAAGAGACUUUGAUGAAGACUAUGAUGAAGACUCUGAUGAAGACUAUGAUGAAGACUAUGAUGAAGACUAUGAUGAAGACUCUGAUGAAGACUCUGAUGAAGACUCUGAUGAAGACUCUGAUGAAGACUAUGAUGAAGACUAUGAUGAAGACUCUGAUGAAGACUCUGAUGAAGACUCUGAUGAAGACUAUGAUGAAGACUAUGAUGAAGACUAUGAUGAAGACUAUGAUGAAGACUCUGAUGAAGACUAUGAUGAAGACUAUGAUGAAGACUCUGAUGAAGACUCUGAUGAAGACUCUGAUGAACACUAUGAUGAACACUAUGAUGAAGACUCUGAUGAACACUAUGAUGAAGACUCUGAUGAAGACUCUGAUGAAGACUCUGAUGAACACUAUGAUGAACACUAUGAUGAAGACUCUGAUGAACACUAUGAUGAAGACUCUGAUGAAGACUCUGAUGAAGACUCAGAGCUGAUACUCACAGACUGUAAACACGGUUCUCUCCGCUACAAACUCAUGGACCCGGGACAAAGGCGCAGUUCGCUGGAAACGCGGUGA